UGACAUGCAGUUAAUUGCUCAAAAUGAUGCAGAGUACUUGAGCAGGAAGCUUAACUUUAUGCGGUUAGCCAAGCAUUGCACUGCAUUUGGCUGCAAACAGGAAGCUAGUGUCAGUUACGAGUCUCCUGUCUGAAAACUGUUGCUUUUGCCUCCAAGCCCGUUCCCUUAAGCACCAGAGCAGAGAGAUUUGUCUCCAAAUUAUGGCCCAGGGAAAGGAUCAAUCCUUCGCCAGCCGAUUAUUUCAUAGAUGUCGAAAGAGUAGCCAAGAGCAGAAAGGACUAGAGAGUGAAGUACCCCAUGUCUCUGAAUACGCUAUCCUGUGGGAUAAGUUAAUGAAAGAGUUCUUAGCUAAAGCCAAAGAAGAUUUUUUAAGAAAAUGGGAGUGUCCUCCACAGUGCACAACUGGCCUGGACGACUUUGACAGAUUCAAGACUCUGGGCACUGGCUCAUUUGGGCGAGUGAUGCUCGUCAAACAUAAAGGAACAAACCAGUUCUAUGCCAUGAAGAUCUUGGACAAACAAAAGGUGGUGAAGUUGAAGCAGAUAGAACACACACUAAAUGAAAAAAGAAUACUACAGGCCGUGUCCUUCCCCUUCCUCGUCAGAUUGGAGUACGCCUUCAAGGACAACUCAAACCUCUACAUGGUGAUGGAGUAUGUGCCUGGUGGGGAGAUGUUCUCACACCUCAGACGCACCGGAAGGUUCAGUGAACACCAUGCAAGAUUUUAUGCAGCUCAGAUAGUACUCACCUUUGAGUACCUUCACUCCUUAGACCUCAUCUACAGAGACCUGAAGCCUGAAAACCUGCUCAUAGAUCAACAUGGGUACAUUCAGGUCACAGAUUUUGGCUUUGCCAAAAGAGUAAAAGGCAGAACCUGGACAUUGUGUGGAACUCCUGAGUACCUGGCUCCAGAAAUUAUCCUCAGCAAGGGCUACAACAAAGCUGUGGACUGGUGGGCGCUGGGAGUCCUCAUCUAUGAGAUGGCUGCGGGUUACCCUCCAUUUUUUGCUGACCAGCCGAUCCAGAUCUACGAAAAGAUAGUGUCUGGCAAGGUGCGAUUUCCCUCACACUUUAGUUCCGAUCUAAAGGAUCUUUUGAGAAAUCUGCUCCAGGUCGACCUGACCAAGAGAUUCGGCAACUUGAAGAAUGGCGUCAAUGACAUAAAAAAUCACAAGUGGUUCUCCACAACAGACUGGAUCGCAAUCUAUGAGCGGAAGGUCGAGGCCCCCUUCAUGCCAAAGUGCAGAGGACCAGGAGACACAAGCAACUUCGACGAUUACGAAGAAGAGGACAUUCGGGUGUCACAAACAGAAAAGUGCGCAAAAGAAUUCGCUGACUUCUAGUGAGUGGGCAAGGAGUCCCCAUCAGGGCUCGCGUGUUCCAGGAUAUUUGCACUCUUCCCUGAGGGUUAAGGUGGAACCGAGGCCAUUACACGUUUAAAACAAAAGCCUGGUUCCUUCAUUCCACAGCUGAAUGAGGUCCUUCUUGCCAUCUUGCGUGCAAUUCGCACUAACCAAUACACAGGCACAUUAUGCAGACAACUCUUGUGCUGCAACACAAAAAUAUAAGGCCACUUUUUCAUCUUUUGUCCUUUUCUUUUUAUUUUCUUUUCUAUUGUUUGCUGCUUUUGAAUAUCUUCCCUCUUUUCCAUAUUUGGAUGCGAAUAAUCAUUUGAAAACCAACUUGAAAACAAAUAUUAUGCCCAUAUUCAAGUGGCACAAAGAGUGAUUGAUUGUAUUAGCUAGCUAGUAUUGCACAUUUUGUGACCGAAGCUUUGGGAAAAUAGAAGGGAUGUCUUUUCUUUUUUUGACAUUUAGUUGUCAUCUAAUACAGGCCGAUGUGUGUUUCAGGAUUGUCUUUAUUUAAAUAUCAUUUUAAACAUUUUUAACCAUCAUGCAUCUAUUCUGGUGUCCUUAAGGCUUAGAACUGUGUAUAUGUGUAUUGGAGAAAUCUACAUAUAUGAAACAUAAGAUUUGCAAACACCUCUUCUUGUUAAAAGUAUAACCAAAAUUCAGACAAAGACAUUCAGUAAAGAAAUGGAAACACUGACAACUGACUAGUUGAGGUUUCUGACCUGCAGCACUCUGGCAUUCAGACAGAUUUUGAGAAUAGAAGUGUAUUCCGAAGCUGAAAUUUGUCAGUGCUGUAUUAUUUCAUCAACUGUAGCAUUGUUUUCUCCAUAUCUGGUCACAGGACACUUCCUUUUACCUCAGACUAGGUAUGGUAUUUAACGUAUGGAAUGAUGAUGUUUUUCAGGUAGAACUCACAUGAAAAAGGAGGGGUUUUUUCAGCCAUAUCACUCCACACAACAGAUCAUAUGUCUUUGGAUUGUCCAAAAUCAUUCAAAAUGCAUCGUUUACAGUCAAGUAGCUGAACACUCUGUGUUUGACUGAAGCAGUGAAGCAUGAAGUCACCUGGAUGUACUGAGUAUAAGGUUUCAUUUUGGAGAAGACAACCGCCAUAUUCAUUUUAUUUUCAUAUUUACUUUUGCAUGUUUGUUUCGUUUGUACAGCAGUAACAGAAAUACAAAGGUGUUCCCAUCUUGUUUUUUUUUUUGGUUGUUGUUGACUUGCUACCUUUUUGAACAGUUUUAAUCACCUGAUGCAUUAGGUAGGCUGUUUUUGUUGUUCUUGUUGUUUUUUGUUUCCUGAGUGACAAAUUCUUCUGCAUAAUCCAGAAGAAGCAAAAUAAUAACCAAAAACUGAAAUAUCAUAAACUUACAAGUAUUCAUUCAUCUUGGCCGCUACUUGAUUGAACCUUUUUUUUUUUUUACAGUUGCAUCAUUUAUUUCACACCACUUUGCACACUGUGAUGGAGCAAUAUUUGCUCAUUGUCCAUGUGUUUGCUUCGUGAAACCAGUUACAAGAACAUCACAGAUUCUAUAAAGGGAAUCGGGUCAAGUGUCGAAUUUUAAAGACCAUCAGCUUUAUCACUGUAAACCAUUAAGUUAUUGUCCACACAUGUUUAAUAUAUAUAUAUAUUCUUCUUCUAAGGAGAAAUGUAGGUUUUUUUGAAGGAUAUUUGUGUGUUUGAGCACUGUUCAUUUCCUAUCAAUUGUCAUCGUCUUCAGUGAAUUGGAGUUCUUGUCUCUGCAAACUAACCACUGUUACAGGCUGACACAUCGUAUGUAACAACCUUUGUUCCCUUCGUGGCCGAGCUGUCCGCUUGUGGUUCUGUUGCUUUUGCUAUUUGUUAGAGGGAAGUUUUGUUUUUGUUUUUUUCUCUGUCUGCCUUCCACAUACACAAAGGUCAUAGUUUUUAGGUUAUCUCUGCAAGUCGGACACUCAGGGUUGUGAAAAAAAUCAAAUGUUUUCCAUUUCACGGUCACACCUCCUGUCUGAAUCUACCACGCACUGUCGACAGUCUGUUGGAUUUCAAGUCUCUUAGAAAACAAAGGUUCUGAUCAUUAUUUGACAUGGUGCUCAAGUUUUUCUAGAGGUGAAAAAAUGCAAUUUAAUCAACAAUCGUAGACAACCAAAUGUGAAAAAAGCUUUGGUGACUGAAUGAUUUUUAAGGUACUGAGGUGUACUGUAUAUGGAUAUUGAUUAUGCCGGAACAUGAAACCAGUUUUUUCUUGUUUGCUUCCUUUCUUGUUUGUUCUUCCUUAUAUAUUGAGCACAUGACGUGACCUUUUACUUGACCCUGAUUUCAUUUCAGAAGGCACGACACUUAUUUCUUAUGCUAUUUUUUAUUUAUAUGUCAAAUAAGCUUGCAUAGCUCUCACUAUAUAUAAUCAGACUCCGAAAGUUUUAUUCGCUAAAGUGUUACAAAUAGUUACAAAUAUUUAUUUGGACAAUUUCUUUCAUUUUCCCAACAAAAAAACUAAAUUACAUAAACAUGUAUACCACAGUUAAUGCACAUUGAUCCC